GUCGAGUCCUGCAAGGAAGGGUUACUGAUGUCAUUUUAGGAAAGUUUACUCGAUGUUGGGUACCUAUGAGGGAGUGCCAUUCUGAACGAGCACGGACACAAGGACAGUAUAAAGGGGAAAUGUUAUCAUGAGGCCGUCAACAGCAGAGUUGCUUCGAUCGGGACCCCUACCCUUAUCGAGAUGGCUGAACCUGAGGCUCCGAGAUGAGUUCUCUUACGACGACGACCAGUCGCUCGAUUCCGUGGAUGACAUCUGUCUGCCCCCAGGAACAAGUCCUUUGCUACGCUCGUUGAACACUACCGGUAGUUCGCCCGACAACGAGGUCGCCGCCGCCGUCGCCGUUGGAGAUCAACAGCGGGGGGCGAAUCAACCACCCUCCGCUGGCAAUGGGUCGUUGGUGGGGGGGGUCGGUGGUCAUCAUCAUCACCAACAGCAGCAGGCCCAGGCUCAGGCCAAUCAGCAGUCUGUACAGUCUACUAGCACUGGUCGGCCGUCCUCCAGAUCUGCCUCACCUCCCUCUUUGACGGGCAGUAUCACGCCAUCCCCUACUCGGCCAUCGGCGGAGGACUUGCCAGUUCACGCGCGUCUUGAGCGCCUGGACAAGGGCGAAUUAGAUGGCUUCCGUCACGAGUUCACCAAGAGUCAAGACGUGAAGGUCAUCGUUGGGACCUGGAACCUUGGCGGCCUUACGCCUCCCCAAGGUCUGGAGCUCGAUUCCUGGCUGGAAGUCGAUGAUCCGGCUGAUAUUUAUGUCAUAGGGUUUCAAGAGGUUGUCCCGCUCAACCCCAUGAACGUGUUAGGGACGGAGGAUGAGGAGCCGGCCGCUGCUUGGCAGGACUUAAUCAGGCGCACGCUGAACGAGAAGACGAAGAAACCAACUCCUCCUUCCCCUCCUCCUCCUCCUCGUCCUUCCCCUCCGCCUCUUCCUCCUACUUGUGCUUCAGUUGCAUCUGACGGUGCUGCUGCCGACGGGCAGCAGGCCCAACGGCAAAGGAAGACCUCGCCGCAGUCGGUGCCCGGUGCCCCCCCUUUAGAUGGGAGCCGGGGUCGUAGCUUUAUGUCCAGUAGUCGUAGCGUUGAUAGUAACGGUAUGAAUGCUAGUGGGGGUGGAGAGAGCAGCAGGGGCGGGAGCGGGAGCGGGCAUUGCCCCGAGGAUGACGAAGCCCUAGCCAACUCGGGGAAAAGGGAGGGGAUCGAAGACGGACCGACGGCGCGAUCCGCGCCAGCAAAUGGAGUAACAACAGCAAACGGAGGGGGAAAGGUCCUGCAGAAUUUGUGUGGAUAUGCAGGGGGCAAAGGACGAAGACGGUGGGAGGGGGGAUUCUCGGGUCGGGAGGUGCGUGGAGUAGUUAAGGUGGCGGCGCAAGAGGCGGCGCCAGAGGUCCGAGCGGGGUUGACCGGCGGGUUGGUAGUCUUCGGUGGGCGGGGACAUAAGGUUGACUGUCGUCCCGCGGGUGCUAGCCAUGCUGACGUGUCGUGUCGAAAAGGCGGGAAAAGAGGGGAGCUGAUCAAGAAAAUGAUUAGCUGGAAAGGAGAACAUGACCCAGGAAGAGAAGCAAGAAGGGGAGGAGGGGGAGGAGGAAGGAGAAAAGCAGUCGCUACAGUUGAACAAGCAGACGGCGAUGAUAAUGAGAAAGAGGCAGCAGGCAGAUCAGAAAAUGGCGCGAAAGGUGCGGAUGUAGCAUUGCGUUCAUUUAGCAAGACGGCGAUUGAUGAUAGGGCAAUAGAUAAGCAGAUAGGGGGGGGAUUGAUGGUCAUAGAUGGGCAGUUCAAGCGGGGGGAAGGGGGCCCGGCGGAACAGCAGCAGCAGGUGAGAGGGGACGGCGUUGACGUCAUCGUUCUGGGGACGGAGGAGGGGAGUACUUUGGUUGGGUUGUGCGAAGCACGCGCCUCGUCUGCCCAGUCUGCUGGCCAGGAGGAGAAGGUUUUCCCGUCGGAAGAAAGGGUAUUGACGGCAACAGGAUCGUCUUCAGCAUCAUCGUUAUCAUCAACAUCAGUAUCAGCAGCAGCAGCAGCAGGCGGAGGAGGAGGAGGAGGAGGAGGAGGAGUAGGAGGAGGAGGAGGAGGAGGAGUAGGAGGAGGAGGAGGAGGAGGAGUGCAGUAUGUGAAGGUCGCUAGCAAACAGAUGGUCGGGAUCUUGGUAUCUGUGUGGGUAAAGGCAGGGCUGCGGAGGUUUGUGCGAGGGGUGAAGGUGUCUUGCGUAGCAUGCGGGUUGAUGGGAGUACUUGGCAACAAGGGGGCUGUGGCCCUUAGCUUGUGUCUGUUCGACACGAGUUUUUGUUUCGUGUGCGCUCAUUUGACCUCGGGGGACAGGGAGGGCGAUGACCUGAAGAGGGACCACGACGUUGCGGAGAUUCUCAGGCGAUCAGUCUUCCCGCGCGCGAUCAAAUCCCCCCUCACACGUCUGCCGGAAACCGUUCUGGAACACGACCGUUUGAUCUGGUUGGGCGACCUUAAUUACCGUCUGUCGAUGGCGGACGCAGAGGCAAGGGAGUUGAUAGUCAACCGCGAGUGGGGCGUGUUGCUGGAGAAGGACCAGCUGCGCAUGGGCAGAUUUGCAGGUCGGGUAUUCGAGGGCUGGCAGGAAGGCGAGAUCUCCUUCGCGCCGACGUACAAGUACGCGGCCAACAGCGAGCGAUACGUCGGCGAAGACGUCGACGAUGGAGAGAGAAGGAGAACUCCCGCGUGGUGUGACCGCAUUCUGUGGAAAGGGGAUCACAUCAAGCAGCUGAGCUAUGGCCGUCAGGAGAUGAUUCUCUCCGAUCACCGACCCGUGAAGGCGGCAUUCCUGAUCUCUGUGGAGGAGGUGGUUCUUGAGAAGCUGGAGGCAGUGCUGGACAAACUGGAUAGCAUGCGCGCUUAUGAGACGCUGCGACCGGUCUGUGUGGUUCAGCCGCAAGCGGUGCACUUCGGUGAGGUCGGCUUUGCGGAGCCUGUCAAGAAAUCCGCAUUCCUGGUCAAUACCGGGAAGUUCCCCGCCAAAUUCACAGUAUUGUGGCCGUCGUUGGACCAGAACCGGUCGACGUGGGUGCGGGUGGAUCCGAAGGAGGGGGUGGUGGAGGCGGGAAAGAAGGCCAAGCUGAGGCUGCAUUCGUGGGUGGACACCACGUCCGUGAGAAGCGAGGAGGUCGUCGACCGAGGUGGCCUCCUGGAAGAUACCGUCGUCAUCCGAAUUGAUCAGAUGGGCGAUCUAUUUUUGUCUUGUAGUGCGCGAUAUGUCACCACGUGCUGGGGAUUCAGCUUGGCACGACUUGCGGCGAUCUCCCAGCCACUCCGGUACGUCGCUUUGAGGCAGCUAGAGGCGACGACUGACGAAGAGGAGGAGGAGGAGGAGGAGGAGGAGGAGCGGGAGGAGAAAGAGGCGAAGGAGGAGGGAGAGGAGGAGGAGGAGGAGGAGGAGGAAGAGGGGGAUGAGAAUGAGCAAGAAAAGGCGGAGGAGGAGGAGGAGGGGGGGGAGGAGGAGAAGAAGGAGGAGGGGGAGGUGGAAAAGAAGGUGGUUAAGGCGGAGGAACAAAGACCAACAGUAGGCGGUGGUGCAACCAGCAAUGAAGGGACGGCCUCCACGGACGAUCGGGAUCGGGACGAAGGUGCAUGUUACGAUGAAGAUGAUGACGAGGAUGACGAGUUGUUGACAUCAACACUGGCCGUGGCUCGCGCUGGCCAACAAGGGAGACGGGGGUGUCCGGUUGCCAGCCGUGGGGGGGGGGGUACUGCUCCUGUGUCGUCGCCAUCGUCGGCCUCCUCUUCCUCUUCCUUCUGUCUUCCUUCUCCACCCCUCUCUCUCCGUCCGUCUUACUCUCAUCCUGCUGCUGUCAGCCGGCGGCGAAGGCGUAAGAAGAAGAAGCAGCAGCAACUGGUCCGCCGGCAGCGGUUGCCGAAGGAGUUCAGUCAUUUGGUGGAUUUGCUGAUGAUGAGCGAGGAUCCGCUAGACUGGCUAGGGUUGUACGAGGACGAGCAGCAGCAGGGGCCUCAAGAGAGCGCGGCGGGGGAUGAAUGGGAGGAGGGGGGCUCGAAUGCGCUUGCUGUGACAAGCACGGAGUCUUCGUCAGGUUUAUGGAAGGAGUGGUGGGGAGGGGGGGGGGGAGGGGGAGCGGGAGGCACGGGGGAGAGAGAUGAGGGAGGAUGCGGAGGAGAUAGGAGGGGGCUGGUGGAACAGCACGCCCGCCGAGGGAGUUGGGGGGGAGGCGGGGUGGCGCUGCGGGUCAGCGAGUGGGCGGAGAGAGAAUGGCUGGGAAUUGGAUACUGCGGGCACAGAUGCGCGCAGGAUGCGCAGUCUGAAGAAGAGGAGAUGGGGGAUGCAGGGGGGGGGGGGAACCGGAGGAAAGUGCAGAUCUUGAGUUACGAGGAGCUAGGCAGUCGGAUCAGCUGUAUUCGAGCGGCUUUAGACAGUCCCAAGGGGGGCGGUAUGAGAGGAGGGCGGCAGAGGGGUUCUUUGCUGAAGUGGUUGGUGCUUUCCCUCCUCGCCUCGCUGCAGGCCCGGUCGUUCAGGCAAUACCUGGCAGAUCUUGCUGAAGACGAUGAAGAUUCGCCUAGGAAUCGACCGCCGCCGCCGUCCGCCGUGGUUGCGCAGACCCCGACUGGCGCCAAGAAGCAAGGCGGCGGCGGCGGCGGUGGCGGCGAAAGCUGUGAUGGCGGGAAAUGGGUCUGGCAGCGUCCAGCCUGGCAGCAGGUUUUGGCGGGAAUCGUGUUCCGGAUGCUGCCACGUCGGCUGACGUUGUCGGACGACUGCGAAGAUCUGGGCUGCUGUUUGCAGGCGGGGUGGUUCUUCGCCUGUCUGCUAAUCGGUUGGACGGCGGGAUGGUCAUUUUGUUGGGCGAUCGUAGCCGUCACAUGCAUCGAUUCCGUGAUUGUGAAGUGGUUGUGCGGACGCGCCGUGAUUAGACAGUGGCUGUCCAGUCGGCUUUUGCACAGCUGGAUGGCAAGUCAUUGGUUGCUAUCGGGCCUCUUGCUCAGCUGGGGUGUUAGGUUAUGCGUGCGGAUCGUUGCGUGGGUACUGUGGUUGGUGAUGUCACUGUUGGUUACGCUUUUCUUUCGUCCCAAAGGAGAAGGUGGAGGCAAUCAUCACGAAUGGAGAAGGUUGGGAGUUGGGGGGGAUAAUAGAAUGAAGCCGGGGACCUCGCGUCGGUUAGCUAUGGUGGAGUACGGGCGGAAGAACGAACCCGGAGGAGCAGGAAGAGGAGGAGGAGGAGGAGGAGGAGGGAGUAGUCAAGAGAGUUGGCAACAAUCAGUUGGCGCGGAAGGAAGUGGCGCAUUUGCAGGGACGUCGCUUUCUUAACUCUGGGUGAGUGGCGGCGGGAGGAAGGAGAAGGAGAGAGGGUAGUAAGGUACAGGGAGGAGAUGACAGGAUAUUUGCGCUGAGGGAGGAGGCAGUGAAGGGGGUGCCAGGGGAGGGGAAAGGGGGGGAGCGGGGGAGGCGGAGGGGGGAAGGGCGUUGGUUUCUGUUCCGACUCUGAGUACGAAUGAAUGCAUGAUAGCGCACGUAGGGUGGCAUAGCAAUGGUUGAGGAGGAGAAGAAGAGGAGGCGGAUACGGGUAACGGUGGUUAAGUAAUCUCAGAAGCACGACUGUUUAUCGUGGUGGGACACUUCAUGUGGAGUUAAGGGAAGGAAUGGCGUCGGGUAGGGUGCAGAGGGCAAGAAUGCCUGUCGUCGCAGAAAUAUUCAGCAGGGUUUUGUACAUAUAUAUACAUACAGGGGUGUUUUGUGUGUGGUUGUCAUUUGUGUGCGCGUAGCUGUGCUUGCGUGUUCGUCCGUGCGUACGUGUGUGUGUCUGUGGCCUUCGUGGUUCCCUGUAGGUCUGUCCCUCUCUUUCCCUCCGUGUUCGCCGAAACUUGGCGCCGUGAGGAGUCGAUUAACGCAUUGGCUUUGCGGGCUUCCGCUGAUCGGUUUUCGUUGUCGUCAACGAUCUUCUCCUGUGUCGUUACCUGAUUUGCUACCUGGUACGCACGUUGUGAAGCCGUAAAUGUUGUAUUUUUGACCCAUCUCUCUCCGCUCGCUCGUCGUUGCUGUCUCAGAGUGUGGUUUUGCAUCGAGAAGGGGGAGGAGGAUUGGAGAGGCCACACCUGCACUAGCACCCAGAUCUUAGGUGCUUGGCCGCCGCAGAUGAAUUGAAGUGAAAGAUGGCCGUGGGAAGCGAAGCAACAACGUAACCGCAGAGCUCUUCGUCGGCCCACGGGGAAGAAGAUUAUCACUUGAGAUCGUGGCGACGAGCGCGCCAACUUGUCCUUAUACCGGAGAGACCUUGGUCUGAUGGGGAGCUUGUAGUGUUAAAUGACAUCGUGGGUGGGCAUCUUUCUCUCUCCCCCUCUCUCUCUUUCUCUCUUUCUCUCUUUUUCUCUCUUUUUCUCUCUCUUUCUCUCCUUCUCUCCUUCACUCUUUCUCCCUUUCUCUCUUUCUCUCUCUCUAGUGCGCGGCGCUGCACUGUGCCACUGUCUAUGAGCGGAGUCGUUUCGUGGCGUGUUGUUUGCGUAGUAUUUUGAAUAAGUGGGUUUAUGAGGAGGAAGAGGUGGUUGCGUAUUUGCGACCCUUUAUGGCGCCGUCAUCCUGCUCUGGGGGAAUCAACGAGGAGUAGGGAUCUUUGGGGCGGUGGCCCACCAUUCUGGGGGAGGUAGGGAGUGAAGCUUCUUGUCAGUAAGUUGAGGCUUGGGUGCCUUUGCAUUGACAGUGGGGAACGGUCCCAUACAGAAAUGCGUGACACCUUACCGUCAUUAACAAGAGGUGAUUUUCCUGGAAUUUCCCAUGUGCGGCACAGUGAAAUGGGGACACAGAUAGCCACACCGAGAGAGAGAGAGAGAGAGAGANGAGAGAGAGAGAGAGAGAGAGAGAGAGAGAGAGAGAGAGAGAGAGAGAGAGAGAGAGUGCCAUGCGAGACCACCAGGGGAGGGGUUGUACUUCUGGUUAACCUCUUGAACGGCCCAUGUGCUUGAUUGAUUACCUGCAUUGCGUCGACUUUACAUGGAUGUGAGCUAAUGCAUACUGCCUGAUGGGAGGAGAGGAGAUGUGCACGACCCCAACUGCUCAUCUUUGGGCUACCUUUCAAGAAGGGAACACGGCUGCUAGUUUGUCCUCAAUCGAGGACGUGAAUUCGGUAUAGAGCCAUGGAUGGAUGGAUCCCUCUGCUGUCUCGUCGGCCUAUGUGUUUGGUCUGGCUAUGAUUGGCAUUAACAAACAGUCUGUUCUCUCAUCCGUCGACAGCGACCAAUUAAUUAUAUAUGGUGUCGUCAACAUGAUAUCUCGCAAUUCCCAUGAAAUGAGGGAUAACUCCAAAUGGCAGUGACGCCAAAUUAGUCAUAACAGGAUACUGCAAAGGAGGAGGUCGAAGGCGCAGCUGAAGGAGAAGCUGAAGAAUAAAGAUGGUUGAAUGAAAACGAACGUGAACAUGUGAACAAAUCGCAUCCGCGUUG